AUGACAGCCAAUCACAAUGUACCCCCUGAGAUUCCGCUCAUCUCUCUUAUACAUUCUAAACCCGAGGAGGUUCUCCAAGCUCUAUCCACAGUCGGUUUCAUCCACCUUGAUCUCGAGGGCACCGGCAUCACGCAGGCAGAUGUUGACCGGACCUUUGAGUUGUCGGCACUUCUCCAUAAUGUCCCGCAAACCGAAAGGUCGGGGUCUCUGAAAGAUGAGCGAGGCAAUGGCUACUUUGGCAUGAAGGGCUCCUUGGAUGAAAGGGCUACUGGAACAGACCUUAAGGAGAGUUUCGUCUGGGGAAGGUACCUGGCCUCUGCCGGAGAGAAGGCGUUAACUCAAAGCCUGCCUAAGACAAUGGAGGAGUACCGAGACGAGAUUACCAGAUUUGAUCAAAGAUGCUAUGAGGCUUCUCUUCGAGUUCUUGAUAUUUUGUCACGAGCAUUCGACCUUCCAGAGAACUUUUUUCGAAACACCCACAAACACGACGGUUCUAAUGGCUUAGCAUUCCUCAAUUAUCCUGCACUGGAAAAGCCGCCUGCGGGAGAUGACAUUCGAGCUGGUAGCCACAAAGAACAGAACGGUCAACCAGGACUUCAAGUCUAUCUGCCAACUGAAAGUGCUAAGAAGCAGACUGGUUUGCAGCUUAUUCAAGGCGACGUUGAUCUUGAUUCAGGAACCUGGAUAUCUGCACCAAUCAUACCUAACACUGUUCUGGUAAAUGUUGGAUUGACGUUGGAAGGCAUGACAGAUGGUCUUUGUAAGGCCAAUGUCCAUCGAGUUAUUUUCCAAAAGUCUGCAAGUACGGAACUACCCAAAGCCAGGAAGACAAUUGCGUACUUCAGUACACCUAAUCACGAGAUUGUGAUGAAUCCUGUCAAGCCAGGCGGAAUCAUUGUGCAAAAGGACGGUGCCUCGAGCGUAGGUGAAUUCUUUCAGGAGAGAGUUCGGCUUGCAGGCAUGGCGUAG